AUGGGAGUUCUCCUUACAUCACAAAACGGACUGGCUCCUUGCGAAAAUGGCGACCCCUAUGAGCCUGGUGAGAACCAAGGUUUGAUCCAAGUGGCCUAUUCUGGCGUCAGCCCUGCCGAUGUAAAGUAUGGACAGCAAUUGGGGUUGAACGACCGGGUUACCGGCUACGAGUUCAGUGGAACGGUUGCCAAGGCUGGACCUGGAUUUCCUUAUGCAGUUGGCGAUGAGGUCUUUGGCUUAAGGAGACUGGACUUGGGAUCGCGAUUCGGAGAGCAUCAAGAUUGGCUGAUUGCUGAGGGCAACUCACUGCUCGCCAAGCGCCCGUCCACACUUCCAAAGGACGCUGCGGCGGGAAUGUUAGUCGCGUUAAGAACUGCAGUUGAUGCCUUGAUCGAUAUUUUGGGAUUUCAUGUUCUCGAGAUCACCGGAUCCGAUAGUGCGCUGGGAUGCGCAGCCAUACAAAUCGCAAAAGCUGCAGGCGUCAAUCUUAUUAUCGCUAUAACGGAUCCUUCUUAUUACCAGAUACUGCUGGAUUUGGGGGCACAUCGAAGCCUUGACGAAGAUUAUUAUAAGUUACUUCCCGAGAUCAGGCAGAUUAUUGAUGACCACCCGGAGGUUGAAAAGAUGGAUUACUUGGACUGCAAGGGUACGGAAUUCACGACUACGAAGUGUGUUGAACUCCGUCGUGACGAUCAUGAGUAUGAUGAGAUGGUCGUCUCGAAUUUGCCGAUAAGCGGCCGAAAAGCUUCUUGGAUAUGGUGUGCCUAUCCGUGGCUGGGAUAUGAAUCUGCCUCCACCCAUAGGUCAUAUACCCUCAUCCGAGCAUGCGGAGCAAACCCUGGCUAA